UUUCCACCAUUCAUUUCAAAGGCACAAAAACUUACACUCCUAUUGAUUUCCAACCCAAGUGACCCGAUAUCAACAGGAAGUGACCCCAAAAUCCUCCCAUAUCAACAGGAAGUGACCCAACAUAAUUAGGAAGAGAAGCCAAAAUGCCCCAUAAUCAAGAAGGACGUGGCCCGAUAUCGUCAGGAAGAGACCCUGGAAUGCCCCAAAGUCAACAGGAAAUGACCUGUUAUCUACAGGAAGUCCAAAAUGCCCCCCAAUAAAGAGGAAUUGACCCAAUAUGAACAGAAAGUGACACUGAAAGGCCCCCAAAUCAACAAGUAGUGACCCAAUAUGAACAAGAAGUGACCAUGGAAUCCCUCAAAAUCAACAGGAAGUGACCUAAUAUGUACAGGAAGUGAACCCGAAAUGCCCCCAAAUCAACAGUGACCCAAAAUUCCCCCAUAUCGACAUAAAGUAACCCACAGUGAACAGUAAAUUAACCCGAAAUGCACAAAAUCAACAGGAAAUAGCCCAAUAUGAACAGGAAGUGACCCUAAAAGGCCCCCAAAUCAACAGGAAGUGAACCAAUAUGAACAGAAAGCUACCCUAUAAUGCCUCAAAAUCAACACAAAGCGACCUAAUAUAUACAGGAAGUGAACCCGAAAUGCCCAAAUUCAACAGGAAGUGGCCCUGAAAUGCCUCAGAAUCAACAGGAAGUAAGUGACUCCAAAAUCCCCAAUAGCAACAGGAAGCAACCCAAUAUGUACAGAUGGUCAACUUGAAAUGCCCCCAAAUCAACAGGAAGGGACCCCAACCCCCCCCUUAUUAAUAGGAAUUGAACCCGAAAAGCCCAAAAAAACAGGACGUGACCCCGAAAUUCCCCCAUGUCAACAGGAAGUGACCCACUGUGAACAGGAAUUUAACCCGAAAUGGCCAAAAUCAACAGGAAGUGAUCCUGAAAUGCCUCAAAAUCAACAGAAGGUGACACGAUCUGUACAGUACUCAAAAUGUGAACUCAAAAUGUCCCCAAAUCAAAAGUGACCCCAUAAACCCCCAUAUCAACAGGAAAUCACCCAAUAUGAACAGGAAGCUACCCUAUAAUGCCUAAAAAUCAACAGUAAGUGACCUAAUAUGGACAGGAAGCGAACCCGAAAUGCCCCCAAAUCAACAUGAAGUGACCCGAUAUGAACAGGAAGUGACCGCAAAAUGCCUCCAAUCAACAGGAAGUGACCCGGGAAUGCCACAGAAUCGACAGGAAGUGACCCAAUAUGUAUAGGAUGUGAACCCGAAAUGCCCCCAAAUCAACAGGAAGUGAGCCUUAAAUGCUCCAACAUAAACAGGAAGUGACCCAGUAUGAACAGGAAGUGACCGUAAAAUGCCCCUAAAUCAAAAGGAAGUGACCCAGGAAUGCCUCAGAAUCAACAAGAAGUGACCCAAUAUGAAUAGAAUGUUAACCCGAAAUGCCCCCACAUUAACAGGAAAUGAGCCUUAAAUGCUCCAAAAUAAACAGGAAGUGACCCAGUAUGAACAGGAAGUGACCGUAAAAUGCCCCCAAAUCAACAGGAAGUGACCCGGGAAUGCCUCAGAAUCAACAGGAAGUGACCCUAAAAUCCCCCCAUAUCAACAGGAAGUGAACAGGAAUUGAACCCGAAAUGGCCCAAAAUAACACGAGGUGACCCUGAACAGUGACAGUGACACCGAAAUGCACACAAAUCAACAGGAAGUGACCGAAAAUGAACAGGAAGUGAACCUAAAAUGUCCCCAAAUCAACAGGAAGUGACCCUGAAAUGCCUCAACAUCAACAGGAAGUGACACAACAUAUAAAGGAAGUGAACUCAAAAUGUCCCUAAAUAAAUAGGAAGUGACCCCAAAAUUCCCCAUAUCAACAGGAAGUGACCCAAUAUGAAUAGGAAGUGACCCUAAAGACCCCCAAAUCAACAGGAAGUGAAAGUGAAAUGCCCCCAAAUCAACAGGAUGUGACCCAAUAUGAAUAGGAAGUGACCCUAAGUAGCCCACAAAUCAACAGGAAGUGACCCGUGAAUGCCUCAGAAUCAGCAGGAAGUGACCCACUAUGCACAGGAAGUGAACCCGAAAUAACCCCAAAUCAACAGGAAGUGGGCCUUAAAUGUUCCAAAAUAAACAGGAAGUGACUCCAAAGUCCCCCCAUAUCAACAGGAAGUGACCCAACAUGAACAGGAAUUCAACCCGAAAUGCCCCAAUAUCAACAGGAAGUGACCCUGAAAUGCCACCAACCCCAAAUGCCCCAAUAUCAACAGGAAGUGACCCAAUUUGAACAGGAAGUGACCCUAAAUAGCCCCCAAAUCAACAGGAAGUGAACCUGAAACGCUUCAAAAUAAACAGGAAUUGACCCAACAUCUACAGGAAAUCCAGGAUGCCUCCAAAUCAACAGGAAGUGACGAUGUACCAACCGUCACAACAAAGCUACCAUAGCAAUUUCUCCAGAAAUUGCAAUUUCUAGUUUCUUUUAUUAUCUAGCUUGACUUUGUUCCUCAUAACACGGCCACUUGCUGUGCAGUCACAUGGAUCGACAGGCUCCUGCAACAUGUUUAAUGACGCCCUCUGUUGGUUAAACUCUGUAACGUCGUCCAGCUUGCGGCUCACUCGGUUACUUCACAUCUUCACCCUGUGGCGUUUUCGUAGUAUCGUACGCUUCUAAUCUCAUUACUUUAGAUAAUAAUUUUCGAACAAAGGACUCAACAUCCCACAAUGCACUAUGCGAGAAAAAAGACCAAUCGGAGCCCGUUCUAUUAUGGAAUACAAGAGAAUAGCCUUUAUUGACAUUGUAACAUUAGUGUACAGCGAGAUUGUAUUGCCACUUUGUGCAAAAUUAAAAGUUACAUACUCUAAUUAAAAAUAUAAUAAUAGUGUAGCGGACCGUUACUGUAAAACACUCUUCGUGAGACUCGCGCUCUGUUGGUCGAAGCCGUACCCUCUUUUUAUUUUCCGCCAACAAAACAACACCAAACGCAACCUUCCUUUUCGUCGCGCUUUUUCACGUCAUCACCCUGAGACACCCAAAUUAAAACGUUACAAUUGUAGGUGUCCUAAAAAUGAAUUGAAAAGGUAUUGUACAUUGUGUUACAUUAAAAUAUAAGUGUCUCAUGGUGAUGACGUACACAAACGCGACAGACAGAAAAAAAAGGGAGCACAAUUCUCUUGUUUUUGUGUCCCACGAAGAGUGUCCCUGCAUCUACCCACAUAGUCCGCUACACAUUGUUAUCAUAAAAUUGCCCAAUGGCGUAAAAUGAGUCCACAAGGCGCAAAAGGGAGUUUUGCUAAAUUGCUAGCCGAAUAUUAUGUUGUAAUGUUUGUUGUUGUCAAUAAAAAAAAAAAUAACGAAAGCACCGCCCCCUGUGCGUCGCGAUGUCAUGACGUCGACACAAGCGCGAGCAGCAGUCAAAAUAACAGCCAGCCGCACGGUGACAGUCCCAGACGCAGGAGGACCCCCGAGCGAGCAUCCACAUCACCGGCAGCCGCUCGGACGGGAUCCGGAACCGGGCGCCUUGUUUUUCCUCGCCUCGCGGAAGUUCCGAGUGUAACCACCCGCUGCUCUCCCCGCGAGAGAAGUCGCCGUUGCAGUUGCAGCCGCCGCCUUCGCUCAGAUCUCCGGAACCGCCGAGUCACGUAACCGCUGGUUCGGGUAGCCGAAGCGGAGCGGAUGACCCGUGCCCACUAACGAGCCAACAGGCCGACUAGCGAGCUGUUAGCAUGAGGCGGCUAACGGGCAAUAUCUGCCAAUUAGCCGCCAAUUAGCCGCCUAGCCCGGCUAGCGCGGGCGGGCGGAGGAUGCUUUCGGCUGGAUGUGCCGAGGCUCCCCUCUCCUCCUCCUCCUCCUCCUUCUCCUUCGCCGCCGCGGAAGCCCUCAGCGGCCGUCCAUGUGAAGUUCCCCUCGCCUUUCCCUAUGGCCAGCAUGCAGGCCGGCCAGCAGCAGUACGACUUCUUCAGCGAGGACAACGCCGUCAAAUGGAGAGGCCUGCUGGUACCGUCGCUGGACAAGGUGCUGAAGCAGGUGCACCCUAACCUGGUGUCCAAGCAGGAGGCGCUGCAAUAUAUCGAGGAGCUGAUCCUGCUGCUGCUCAGCAUGUUGUGUCAGGCUCAGCCUCGCAGCGUGCAGGACGUGGAGGAGCGGGUCCAGAAGAGUUUCCCGCACCCCAUCGACAAGUGGGCCAUCGCCGAUGCCCAGGCCGCCAUCGAGAAGAGGAAACGGAGGAAUCCGCUGGCAUUGCCCGUCGACAAGAUACACCCGCUGCUCAAGGAGGCGCUGGGCUACAAGUUGGACCAUCAGGUGUCUGUGUACAUGGUGGCCGUCCUGGAGUACAUCUCGGCCGACAUCCUCAAGCUGGCCGGCAACUACGUGAGGAACAUCCGACACUACGAGAUCUCGCAGCAGGACAUCGCCGUGGCCAUGUGCGCCGAUAAGGUGCUGAUGGACAUGUUCCACCAGGACGAGGACGACGUGAGCGGCUUCCCGCUCGGCGACGAGGAGCCGUCGGCCAACGGGGAGCAGAGUUACCAGGAGCUGGUGCGGAGCUUCAUGGCCGACGGACGGCGCUUCCUGCGGCAGCUGGAGCUCCUGGUCAAGGUCUUCAGGGAGCCCUUCGACGCCAACGCCGCGCUCUUCUCGCAGCACGACGUGGACGGGAUCUUCAGCCGCGUGGCGGACGUCCACGAGGCCACGGCCAAGAUGCUGGGCCUGGUGGAGGACGCGGUGGAGAUGACCGACGACGGCAGUCCGCACCCCCUGGUGGGAAGCUGCUUCGAGGAUCUGGCCGAGGAGCUGGCCUUCGACCCGUACGAGACGUACGCUCAGGACGUGCUUCGCUCCGGCUUCCAGCAGCACUUCCUCAGCCAAGUGACCAAACCCGGCGCAGCUUUCUACCUCCAGUCCAUCUGCGAGGGCUUCAAGGAAGCCGUGCAGUACGUUCUGCCUCGGCUGCUGCUCACGCCCGUCUACUACUGUCUGCACCUCUUUGAGAGCAUCAAGCAACUGGAGGAAAAGAGCGAGGACCAGGAGGACAAGGAGUGUCUGAAGCAGGCCAUCACGGCUCUACUCAACCUUCAGAGCAGCGUGGAGAGGAUUUGCUCUCGCAGCCUGGCCAAGCGCCGACUCAGCGAGUCGGCGUGCCGCCUGUACAGCCAGCAGAUGAAGGGCAAACACUUGGCGGUCAAGAAGAUGAACGAGAUCCAGAAGAACAUCGACGGCUGGGAGGGCAAAGACAUUGGCCAGUGCUGCAACCACUUCAUCAUGGAAGGGACCCUGACCCGAGUGGGCGCCAAACACGAGCGCCACAUCUUCCUCUUUGACGGCCUGAUGAUUUGCUGCAAGUCCAACCACGGGCCGCCCCGCUUGCCCGGCGCCGGCUCGGCCGCGGAGUACCGCCUCAAGGAGAAGUUCUUUAUGCGCAAGGUCCAGAUCAACGACAAGGACGACAAAGAGGGCGAGUACCGGCACGCCUUUGAGAUCAUCCUCAAGGACGGCAACAGCGUGGUGUUUGCUGCCAAGUCGGCCGAGGAGAAGAACGGCUGGAUGGCGGCGCUGGUGUCGCUCCAGUACCGCGGCACGCUGGAGAGGAUGCUGGAUGCCGCCGUGCUCCGGGAAGACAAGGAGCAGCACUUACACCUGCCCGCCCCCCACCUCUACCGCUUUGCCCGCCCCGACUCUGAGGAGAACGUGGUCUUCGAGGAUGGUGUCCAGUCAAAGUCUGGCAUACCCGUGGUUAAGGCUGGCAGCGUCCUCAAGCUCAUCGAGAGACUCACCUUCCACAUGUAUGCCGAUCCCAAUUUUGUCCGAACUUUUCUGACCACCUACAGAUCAUUCUGCAAACCGCAAGAGCUGCUGGACCUGCUCAUCGAGAGGUUUGAGAUUCCUGAGCCGAGACCCGACGACGCCGAUCGGCCGGAUGCGGGAGAGCAGCCCGUCAGCGCGGAACUCAAACGCUUCCGCAAAGAAUUUGUACAGCCCGUCCAGCUAAGAGUUCUAAACGUGUGUCGUCACUGGGUGGAGCAUCACUUUUACGACUUUGAAAGAGACGCUCACCUGCUAGGACGACUGGAGGACUUCAUCGCUUCGGUCAGAGGUAAGGCCAUGAAGAAGUGGGUGGAGUCCAUCACAAAGAUCAUCCAGAGGAAGAAACAGGCAGCAGUGCGCGGGCCCAGCCACAGCAUCACCUUUCAGAACUCUCCGCCGCCCGUGGAGUGGCACCUCUGCAAGCCGGGUCACUCAGAGAACUUUGACCUGAUGACGCUGCACCCCAUCGAGAUAGCCCGCCAGCUCACCCUGCUGGAGUCCGACUUUUACAGGGCCGUGCGGCCGUCCGAGCUGGUGGGCAGCGUCUGGACCAAAGAGGACAAAGAGAUCGACUCGCCCAACCUUCUCCGGAUGAUCCGUCACACCACAAACUUGACCCUCUGGUUGGAAAAGUGCAUCGUGGAGACUGAGAACCUGGAGGAACGCGUGGCGGUGGUGUCGCGGAUCAUCGAGAUCCUUCAGGUCUUCCAGGAGCUCAACAACUUCAACGGUGUCCUGGAGGUGGUCAGCGCCAUGAACUCCUCGCCCGUCUACAGGCUGGACCACACCUUUGAGCAAAUUCCGAGUCGUCAGAGGAAGAUUCUAGAAGAAGCUCACGAGCUGAGCGAGGACCACUACAAAAAGUAUUUGGCCAAGCUGCGCUCCAUCAACCCCCCGUGCGUCCCCUUCUUUGGGAUCUACCUGACCAACAUCCUGAAGACGGAGGAGGGCAACCCGGACUUCCUGCCCCGGCACGGCAAAGACUUGAUCAACUUCAGCAAGAGGAGGAAAGUGGCGGAGAUCACCGGUGAGAUCCAGCAGUACCAGAACCAGCCGUAUUGCUUGCGCGUGGACGCCGACAUCAGGAAGUUCUUCGAGAACCUCAACCCUUUGGAGGAGCUGUGCGAGAAGGACUUUGCCGAUCACCUCUUCAACAAAUCUCUGCUCAUCGAGCCUCGCAACGCUCGCUCGCUGCCCCGCUUCGCCAAGCGUUACACGUGCCCCCUGAAGUCGCCGGGCAUUAGGCCGGCGACGGUGCGCCCUUGCGCCGCGCGCCACCCGACGCCGCUGCAGAGCGAGCCGCGCAAGAUCAGCUACAGCCGCGUGCCCGACAGCGAGGCCGACGCCACCGCUUCGGCGCCGGCCUCCCCUUGCACGCCCCUGACUCCGCCCCCCACCUGCAGUGUCUUUGAUUCUCCUCGGGCCGGCGGCAGCCCCGCCCAUUCCAGAUCGUCUUCGGUGUCGUCGGCGGCAUCCUGGGGCCAACUGUCGGACGAGGCGGCCGUGGUUCCGCCGCCCGUGCCACCCCGCAGAAGACCCGAAUCUGCGCCGGCCGAGUCGUCGCCCUCCCAGGUGGCGGAAAGCCCCCCCGCCGUGCCUCCGCGGCAGCCCACGCACAAGCUCCUCCCGCCGCGUUACCCGUCUCUGUCAUCGUCGCCCCCCGACAGCCCCCCGCUGCUGCCGCCCCGGGAGCCGCUGGCCUCGCCCUUGCGCCUGCUGCCGCCACCCCCGGGUCGCCCGCGCCGCGAGCCGCCGGCCCCCCAGGCCUUCUUCCCAGCCUCAGGGAAGACCUCUCCGCCGGACGGCCCCCCCGUGCCGCCUCGCCACGUUGUCCCCAAGUUGCCCCCCAAGACCUACAAGAGGGACUCUCUGAGCCACGCCCCCCCGCCAGACACGCCCCCCGCGCCGUGAGGGGCCAGACGCAACGAUUGUGCUCACGCGAAGCCUUCAGGUACCGGAACCGACAGAACCCAAGAGGAGGUACUCUAACGCCGGGUUCUGUUCGGACUUCUUUGUCACAAGGGAAUAAAAAAUGUCUUGGACACCACCGGUGCCGCUUUAUUUUUUUUCCCUUUUUUCUCAAAUCUAGAGAAGUGUAUUGCUUGACAACCAAAAAUAACAAUUAAAAAAAAAAAGUCCAGUAUCACGUUUUUACAUGAUAGUGUCAUGUAAAAUAUGAAAAAUGUGAUACUACCAUGUAAAAUGUGAUAAUUAUCAUUUGAAAAUACUGUUGACAGGUUGGUCCUGGUUGGUUUUGUUG